UUUCUGACUUUAUCUUGCAGUUGAAGAAUAUGUGGAAGUUUCCAGGGGGCCUGUCAGAGCCUGGAGAAGAUAUCGGAGAGACAGCAGUUCGAGAAGUUUUUGAAGAAACUGGUAUAAAAUCAGAAUUCAUGUCCCUCCUGAGCAUUCGGCAACAGCACACCAAUCCCGGAGCUUUUGGGAAAUCAGAUAUGUAUAUCAUCUGUCGCUUAAAGCCACAUUCAUUUACCAUAAAUUUUUGCCAGCAUGAAUGCUUAAGGUGUGAAUGGAUGGAUCUCAAUGACCUGGUCAAGACUGAAAAUACAACUCCCAUCACCAGCAGAGUUGCUAGGCUGCUGCUAUAUGGGUACAGAGAAGGGUUUGACAAGAUUGAUUUCACCGUGGAAGAACUUCCGGCAAUUUACACAGGCUUGUUCUAUAAACUCUAUCACAAGGAACUGCCAGACAAUUACAGAACUAAGACAGGAAUGGAUUAAAUCCUUAUUUGCAUGUUUUAAAAAAUUUUAAGUAAAUUGUACAUGCAGAAUAAUGUGUGCCAUAUUAUAAAAAGUAGUGGACAUUUGGUGUUAACUAAAUAUCUGACUUUAAUUUUCUAGUGUGUAUAAUUUUCAUGAAAACUUGUUUGAUGAAAACUUGCAAGUUUAUAAGCCUCUUUUCAAAUGAAGCAAAUGUAUGAAAAAGAUUGUAGCUGUAUGUAAGCUUCACUGGAUAAAGGCAAAUGCAAUACAAAAGGUGGAAGUCUAUACAUUUUCCAGGAA